ACCAUUUUACGAAAGAAGAUGCAACCAAGGCGAAGUGUCGAUAUUGCUACAGUUUGAUUUCAUCGUCAAAUGGAUCGACUGGAAAUAUGAAACGACACUUGAAAAGCAAACAUCCCAUGGUAACAUACGCGAGAAACACUUUGGAUAGCAGUGCUCCAAGAACGGAGGGAAACACAAGAGACAAUGGAAGUACUCCUGAAAACGAUAAAGUGAUUACAGGAGAGAAGACUUCUAUUAAAAGCAACGGUGACAAAGUAGAACCCGGUAGUAAUGAAAGCACGAUUGAGAACUAUCCAAUAUGUGCAAAUAAAUCAACUACGAUGACGAAAUUUAUCGAUGUGCAUCGUCCAAUCUCGAUUCAAAAAAGUAGGUUGCUCGACUCUCAUUUAAUGAGAAUGAUUUGUAUGGAGUAUCAUCCAUUUUCGCUCGUUGAAGAUGUUAAAUUCAAGGAAUUCGUUCGCAUGCUUUGUCCGUCGUAUGUGUUACCAAGCCGAAAAACACUAACGAACAGUUUACUGCCUGUUAUGUACAACGAGACUCUCUCGAAAGUAAAGCAAGAGCUCCAAGAUGCGUCUGCGAUCAGCUUAACCAGCGACGGAUGGACAAACUUGAAUAACAAGUUUUUAUGCUUUAACUGCUCACUUUAUCGACCAGAGAGGUUAUUUGAAAACUUUUCUUAUUGAGUGUUCUGAAUUUGAAGAACAGCAUACAGGAGAGAACAUAGCUUCGUGGAUCAAUAUGGUACUGCAAAGUUUAAGAUAGAUUUCAAGAUUACCGCGAUCGUCACGGACAAUGCUUCUAACAUGAAGUCCGCAGCAUCCAUUUUAAACGUUAGACACAUAUCAUGUUACGCUCAUUCACUUAAUUUGGCUGUACAGAAUGCUAUAUUCAAAUCCAUCAAACCGGUUGUUGACAAGGUCAAGCUCAUUGUUCAAUACUUUAAAAAAAGUAGCUCUGCGUUAUCAAAGUUAAACGAUAUGCAAAAGAAAUUGAACAAACCAACUUUAAAAUUAAAACAAGACGAUAGAUUUUUUGCAAAUAAGGAACCGGUUGUGUCUACUUUAGCUUUACUUGAAUCGAAACUGGCCUUGGAUAGUUCGGAUUGGGAUAUAAUCGAACAUAGUAUCAACGUGUUGCGAAUAUUCUACGAAGUAACAAACGAAAUAUCAGCGGAACAAAAUGUAUCCCUUUCAAAAACCUGUGUGUUGUAUCGUAUAAUGCUAAAGAAGACGGGAUCAUUUUCCGAAUCCGUUCUUCCACACAGCGUGUGCACACUAAAAAAAGAACUAAUUGAAGGAUUGCAGAAAAGAUUUGGUGGAAGAGAAUCAAAUGAAUUGAUCGCUCAAGCGAUUUUGUUGGACCCUAGGUUCAAGAAACAAGGUUUCGGGGAUGAUGGCAGUUAUCAAAUUGCUUAUCAAUCAGUUAUACGAAAAAUAAAACAACUAAAAGUUGUGGAAUCAAAUAUGUCUUCGAAUUGCAUUUCGAAAGCAUCAUCUGAAUCAUCUUUAUGGCAAGAUUUCGACGACACUCUAAACAGAAUUCAGGGGAAGCAAGAUUCACAUUCGGCAGCCAUUGUAGAACUUGAUAAGUUUGUAGCAGAGCCUCAUUUGACGAGAUCUGGUGAGCCAUUGGAAUGGUGGGAAUCUCGGAAAGCCGUUUAUCCGAGACUAUACGAUCUAAUGAAAAGACGCUUGUGCAUUCCUGCAACCUCAGUUCCGUGCGAGAGGAUCUUCUCAAAAGCUGGACAGAUCAGUACCGAGAAAAGAAGCCGAUUAUCCCCGGCGCACAUUUCGCAAAUCUUGUUCCUGAAUCACAAUUCAAAAUAAUUCAUAAUUUGAAUGCAGUAUUUACAGUUGUGCUGGUAUCACAAAUUUGUUUACGAAAUACAGAGAAAAUAAAGGAAAAAAAUUAGAGGGUUGUAUUCAAGACACGACCGAGUACAAUAACAUUAAAAAUGAAACGUUUCUAGGGUCUUCAUAAUAAAUACAAAAAUAAAGAUGAUAAUGAUGAUGACACACUAAAUUUCACUACACUUUAAAGUUACUUGAAAGCUCAAUUUUAGAUACAAAAAACCUAAAGAUUUAAACCUGAACAAUUGAAACUAUUUUAUUUUAUGAUGAUAAUUUUCGAGAAACGUACAAACUUACUAAUUUGAUUUGAUUUAUAUCGUUUAUUUACCCCCAGUUUUAACCUAAUAAUGGUCGUUCACUGGUGGACUUAUUAAUUUUAUAAACAAUUAAUCGAUCCAAGAGAAUGUUGCACCAGUAAUCUCAGUAAUGGUGUAAUUUUAUUAAUCCUUCAAAAUCGUCGAUAAUCUUCGGAAAGUGUCGGUAAAUAAUAUGGCAACAAUACGAGGAAGAAAACAUGUGAAACAGCCCGCAUAAAAUAUUUAGUUACUUACAUUGAUUUUCGCUUUGGCAUAUUAGGAAUAUACGGAAUGGAUACGCAACAAAAUUCCGAAAUUUUGUUCAUAUUGUAACUAGAUGUUAUUAACACAUGAAUAAACAUUGUCAUAGUUACAACGCGUGUAGCCAUCAGACGCUUAUUGUUUUGAAGCAAAUAAUAAUUCUACGAGGGUUCAUAUUCAAACGAUACAUGUGAAAUCGCAAGUAAACUUACCUUGAGUUUAUCUUUGAUACUAAAUGAUAUUGCAUCUAUUUGUACUGUAUAUGUGAGCCUGUGGAACUCAUUUAUACUACUAAACCGAGAAGGCCGCUUUUAGAUAAGUUUCAGAAUUUAAUUUUGAAUCUUUUGAAGCGUUUAAUUCCUGGUGGGACAACAACUUGUUCAGUCAUAUUGUCACGUUUUGUUCGUGUGGGAAUGGAGAUUUAAGUAUGCAAACCGAUCCGUUGACAAAUUAAAACAUUUUUAAGCUUACAAUAUUGAAGCUUUGGAAUCAUUUAAAUUAGGAAAAUCCAUUAACAAAUCAUCGAGAAACAAGCGCUGCAAAUUAGAUCCGGAAAAUCUAUCGCUGAUAAUUCUAAAUUGGCCUGAUAGUUACCAGACAACCAAAAUAAAAUACUCAAUUGAAACCAAUUUUUCAAUGGUAUGCAAUUGAAAUAUUCAA